AUGCUCGAAUGUAAGGGUUUUUUGUCCACCACAAUAGACGAGAAUGAGGAUUUCAACCCGAAGUUAAAGCAUCUGGUGGAAGAAACUUUUCACAAUGGGAAGGAUCAGCGUGUUGUUUUGCUGGGUCACAGCAUGGGCGCGCUGUACGCAUUGAGCUUUCUGAAGAAUCAAAGUGACGCCUGGAAGCGCCAGUAUAUCAAGGCAUUUGUAGCCGUCAGUGCACCUCUGGGAGGCUCCAUCAAGGCAUUAAAAAUGGAAGCUAGCGGUGACAACUUCGGGAUCUAUUUCGACAAUCCGCUGUGGUACCGUGAUGUGCAGCGCUCGAUGUCCUCGCUGGCUUUUCUUCUGCCCGAUCCGCGACUCUGGUCUAAAGAUGAAGUGGUUAUUUACACACCGGCCAAAAACUACACUGUCCACGACUACAAGGAGUUCUUCUUUGAUAUUGGCUUCCCCGAAGAGCCAACAAAUUUGUUAAACCCCGCAUUGAUUUUGGAUGCUCUAUUAAUGGAGCAGGACUGUUUGGGUAGAAGCAUUGAUGGAAGGAUAGGCGACUCUAUCUUCCAUUAUAUGUACGAGGACGCCAAGCUGACCGUGGACGCUUUGACGCCUCCCACAGGAGUGAACGAGGUGUAUUGCAUCUACAGCUCGGCCGUGCGGACACCUGGCACCCUGAUCUACUCCUCCACCUUCCCCGAUGCUCAGCCAGACGUGGUGUACGAGACGGACGGUGACGGGACGGUGAACGUGCGCUCGCUCAGUGUUUGUAAGAGUUGGGCGAAUAACAGCGGAGGCGUCGACCAAGUUGAGACCCUGGUUAUACCAGGUGUUAAUCACCUGUCCAUCAUCCUCGACUCCCGUCUUAUCAAUCGUGCCAAGGAGAUUUCCAAUGCGGAACAACCGAUGCCGGUUGAGAACAAUCCGGAUGUAAAGCUAGAUGGCGUUAAAAUAUCCAAGACGUCCCAACAACCAAUGAGCAAAAUUGAGAAUGAUCUUCUUGUUGACGAUAAGCAUACUUCAGGCGAAAAGACAUCCGAACCGCAAUUCUUCGUUGCAAACGACACUACCGAGCUCAGUGGCAGCGCUUUCUUCUUUCUACGAGCAUCGGAGCGAGAUAUCACUCCAGCAAAUAUCGUGGAGGAGGUGUUUUUCCACUUUCACAAUGCUCAGAAAGGCGACUUCAUUGAGACAACUCAGCACCUUCUCAAAGUUGUCUACUUACCUGCGAUCCAGAGUAAUCAGAAUUGGGGAUGCCUGGAAAGGUAUCCUGAACAGAAGACGCAGCUUCUAAAUGAAUUUGUGGACACAACAUGGCGGUACCUUCGACUACUAAAGCAAAUUCAAGAGGGCUCUGGCCUUCACUUCCUCUCUGCACCUUCGAAGGAGGAUGAAGCCCUUAUUGCUUCACUUAAGAGGAGCAAAGAUUUUAAAGGUAGUAAAUAA